CCCCACUUUCCUUCCCGAGUUUCUGCAGACAGAGCACAGAACCAGCCUUUCGCAAUAAAAAUAAAAUCCAUAGCUGAUUUCUUUUGCAGCAAACGAAAACCCGUUUGAGGAUUUCUUUCCAUUCAUCUUCCAAGCAUUUGGAGAAUUGAGCAUGCCCUUGAACAAAAAUGGCAGAACGGAUAUGUAGAGCCCUACGCGACGGCGCGUUAGAAGGGGAGCAUGCCCCUGCUCUUACAAUAAAAGACUCAAAUGAAAGUCCGUUUGGAUCCCUACUCUUCAAUCACGUCCUCUCGCAGCUCUCUUCCUUUAUUGUUGCACAAAAAUCCCAGUCACAAGGUAUUGUGCUGGUUGCACUCUCUCGGGGUCCUUUGUACUACGAACAAUUGUUUAAGAGUAAAGGAAACAAUAUAGCUUCGUCAAAUAAAUGGAUUAAGGUUUUGGAUUGUUGUACGGAUCCACUGGGUUGGAGAAGCAAGCUUAUGGAGAGUGGAAGAAUUGCGAGUCUCACUCCUGGAACUUCAACUAGGGCUAAUUUAUAUAAAAAUGUGAAAGACUUGAAUAAGUUAUUGUUGGCAAUUGUUGAACUAGGGAAAGAAUUGGUUGAAGAUGGAAAGGGACGCUUUGCGGUUGCCAUAGACUCGGUAAGCGAGAUGCUAAGGCACGCAUCCAUCUCUUCAGUUGCUGGACUUCUAAGCAACCUUCGGAGUCAUAGCCAGGUAUCUUGCCUGUUUUGGCUAUUGCAUUCUGACAUUCACGAGACCAAGGCGAUUGCUGCUCUCGAGUACAUAUCCUCCAUUCAGGCCAGUUCAGAUCCAAUAACUCGGCCAAUAAAUGGACAGCGAGCCAACUCUGAGAAACUUCCUUUCCUGGAACAAAACCUUAGAGGAGGAAAGAUCCACAUACGCUUCAAACGCAGAAAUGGACGUGUGAGAUUGAUGUCUGAAGAAUUUUGUAUUGAGCAAUCAGGCAUCAAAUUCACUCCCAUUUCUUCUGAAGCUGAAAUGAUUGCCCAAAGCCUUGUGCCUAAGGUCCAGUUCAAUCUAGAGUUGUCGGAAAAGGAGCGAAAUGACAGGGCAAAAGUUGUACUUCCAUUUGAGCACCAGGGAAAUGGUAAAACCAUUCAAAUUUAUGAUGGUCGAAAGUCUCCCAAUGAGGACAGAGCUGAAAUACAAUAUACUUCUGCAGAGAAAGUGCAGACGGUUACAGAUUCUGGGAGGGGCGAGAUUAUAUAUUUUCGCGAUUCAGAUGACGAGAUGCCAGAUUCAGAUGAGGACCCUGACGAUGAUUUGGACAUAUAAAUGUUAUCUUCUCGACAUUCAAUAUUACCAGGAGCUGCAUACAUGCAUACACACAUGCUCGACUGGAGCUGUGUAACACAGAUUUGGCUGUCAAUACAGAUCAAGGGCAAUAAAUUGUUUACGUUCUCUGAUUAAAUGCCGCUUCAAAUUCAUUGUGACUGCCAUAGCUUUCUGUGAGAAGAGCUGGAACAAAGUGUGGAUGUCAACUGAAGGUUGGUUCGAUAACUGAUCUCCUCUCCUUUCAAGUUACACGCCCCUUGUAACGAUAAAUUCAGGAGGAAAGCAAAUUUUGCAUUUUUUUUGCUUUUUGAAAUUGUUAAAAAUUAGGGAAUGAGUUAAUUAUUUAUCUUUGAAUGCAACGCGUAGUAUCACCUUUGUAUUCCCCUAAAUAAAACAUUUUGAUUGUGCACUUCUGGCAUUCUCCAAUGAAUAAUGUUAUUCAGCCAGCGAUUGCAAUGGUCGUUGUAUGUGGCAGAUUGUUAUUUGAGGCAUUACUCAUCUCUAAUAAAUGGUCAUAAGGAUGGACAGUUUUUGGAGGUAAA